AUGGAUUUGCAAGGGAUGGCUCCUAAUACGCCAGUCCCCUUUGAUGCUCCUAAGCUUGAAAGCUUCAAGUAUCGAGUUGAUCUAUGCGAUGAGGAGGAGGAGGAGUGGGAGAUGGGUGAUGGGAUAUCACUGGAAUAUUUCUUCAAUAUUAUAUGCAGCUCGCCCAAACUCGCAGUGGUCGACAUCGUCUGCAAGUAUUCGCUUUAUGAAACUGUUUCCCCAUGUAUUGUAAAACCCUUGCUGUCCAAUUUGGUGGUCAACAAUACUGCCUUCCUUCGCAGCCUAUUAGUACCGUCUCUGAAGGAAGCAACAUUGAUUGCUGACUUCGACAGAGAAAACAGUGGGCAACCUGGAUCCCCACCACAGGAUUUCCUUACUGAUUUCUACGAUCUUCUUGUCGAAUCACGUUGCACCACUCUUAGUCGCCUAGAUAUAUCCGUUAACCUCCUCCAUCAGCACCUUUUCUCCAUCCUCGAAUUAUCGCCGGCACUCGUUUCAUUCCAACUCCGCUUUGAAACUGCGUGGAAUGCCCAAUACGACGUACUUAUGCGGGAGCUCAUUGUUCAACUUAUGGACGUGGAGGCAUUUCUACCCCUUCUUGAGGAGAUUGAGCUAGAGGUGUCGAUCCAUCAGAGUGUUAGCGACCGAUUAAACAAACAAGAUCAAACAACUAAGCAUGACUCGCACUUCGGUCAGGCGCUUUGUGUUGUCCGCAGGUUUGCGUUAAGGGAGCUAUCGCUUAGUUGA